UCGGUCUUUUGAAAUAGUGGUGUGGUUACGGCUUCGUGAUCAUAUUGGACAACAAAAGAAUGCAUCCGUCUUCCUCCAGCUGUAGCAACACCAAUGUAAAUGUGUUGCCAAUGUUCAGACAGCCGCCCAGUAUUGCUUUUUUCAGUGUUGCUCAUCUUCACGAUAUUCUUGUUUCAAAAAUUAUUUUUUUCCAAUUCAAAUUCGACUUCCCAUCGUCACACAAGAUCACCAUCUUCUGUCCCAGGGCAGGGGACAAAACAACAAAGUGGAUCAUGGAAUUGAUAAAGAAACAGAAUGACUUGGACACCGAGAACUGGCGUCUCAUAACAAGGAAGAAUGAGGGUGGUGGCUCGCUCCUCAGCCUUUGCAUUGAUGACAACUCAUGCGCCAAGACUAUUUCUAGUGACCACAAGCUGAACUUCAGGUUUGGAGACAUAUCAGUUUGUGGUCUAAAGAAGGCCAAAUCGAUCAAAUUCGGCACAAGACAGGUCGAGACUCCUCGAAAUCCACUAGUCUCCGCGGAGAAGGAGAAGCCCAAUAAGCUCUUCGAAUCCAGCGAGGAUCUGGCAGAUAAUGCGGAUCUUGAUGCGACCAUCAUCGAGAUGGGGGAUCAGACCCCGAUAUCCUCUCAGGAGCUAGAUAUGGAACUAGACCUGCUGAGUAAGGAAGAAGCGAUGCCGGCGGAUGGUGAUCUGGGUAUCUCCAGAUCAGCAACGCCGACGACGUAGCCGAUCAUUUAAUGGUCGGGAGUACGGGGAUAGCUCAGGUGAACAUCCAUCGUGCCAAGGCGGCCUCGUGCUGGCAAGGAUGUUCACCAAACAACAUCUUGGGCUAGCCCUGGUACAGGAACCCUGGUAUAACCAGGGAAUAAAAGGACUGUAUGUGAAGAACGCCAUGGUAAUUUGGGAUCAACGGGCCUCCAGCCCUAGAGCCUGUAUCCUGGCUUGUAGAAGUAUUAAUUAUUAUAUACUUAUAGAAUUUCUCACGCGGGACUGUGUACCGAUCGUGGUAGAAGACGUGGGAGCAGCCAAGAAGACUGUGCGUGCCCACCGCCCGAAAUCACUGAGGACAUACUCACCCAUCAUCAUCGGAUGUGAUGCAAAUGCACAGCACGUGAUAUGGGGCAGCAGCGACGUAAAUCAAAGAGGAUAGUCACUCUUAGAAUUUAUCUUGAAUAACAAUCCAGAAAUCCUAAAUGUCGGCAAUGUUCCGACAUUUGUUACCAGGGUAAGAUCUGAGGUUCUGGACAUUACACUUUCCAGCAGAUCAGUGGCUUCGCAUAUAUCGUCAAUGUCAGAUCACAGAAUUAUCCGUUUUAACAUAGGGCCAAAUCUAGAAUGUAGCGAUCGUAAGCGCAAUCCCAGGAAUACGAAUUGGGAAGGGUUCAAUGCCUCCUUACUGCGAGAUCCAGUUACUGGGGUAACCGGGAAACUCCGUACCACUCUAGAACUGGAGGCCGCCAUAGAAGACAAUACUUCGUACUUCUUACAAAAGCGUUCACAGGAAACUGCUUCCUUUGCAUUGGCCGGCAUAGCCUGCAGCGCAGCGACGCUUAUUUGCGUUUCCUACAUAUACAUAUAUAUUGUCGCCGAGCGACGGUGCUGGAGGAGGGGUGCUAUAGGCACACAUAUUAGCGGUCAGCGCUUGGCCAGCGUGAGUACUGCUGAUCAUGCAAAUUUGGUACGUUGCCCUCAACAUACGCUUGGGCUGAACUGUUUAUGUACACAUUGCAACAGAGUGCUACAAUGUGAUUGUAUAUUAUGAAUACAGUGGUUAACCGAUAUGUGUGCAUACUACAUCUCCCUCCUUUUGAAAAAUAACGUAAUAUUAUGAAGUUAUUUUAAAGGUAGUUUAUACAUUAUUAAAAAUUGUGUUAUGAUUGUUUUUAAGUACAUUUAUGUAGUGAGAAUUUUUAAGUAAAACCUCAAAAAGAAAAAUAUAUUUUUUUUUUUAUUAUUAUUAAUAUUAUUAUUUUUAUUUUUAUGCCUAUGUAUGAUCAUACUAUAAAUAUUUACGACGUCGCAAUUUUUAAUCUGUCUUUAUGAACAGUUUGCUUUUU